AUGGCUUCCUCUACGGAUAUUGUGGAUAUGUUGGUAUACCAUCCCCACGACCUACUAAUCGCCAAGUACUUCCCAGAUGAAGAUCUUCCUUCCCAAUACGAAGAUAUUUGGGCAUUCAGCAUGAUGUAUGUAAACGCACGCUACUUCGAACGAAUGCAAGACUCUCCGCCCUGCGUUCCCUGGCCACUGCCACCUCCGCGGCCACGCGAAUCUCUCGAACCAGGUGUAGAGGAGUGGCGGAGUAUAGCACUGGAUGCAAUUGAUGCGCGCCUAAGCCUAUAUACAUUUGGCGUCACCACACCACGCACGCAAACAACAAGCGCAGAAGAGGUCCAAAAGUCAUCCGCUUCAGAUCAUGCUGUCCACCGCGCUCUUCGCAUUCCUGAGCUGCUCGAGGCCAUCCUUCGACAUGCGACACACAAAGCGCAAUAUACUGCCUGGAACGCUGACAAAAAGGAUUGGACCGACUUCACCACCCCGGGACAGAAGCAGCGAGCCUGGACUGACCAAGACUUUCCAAAAUUUAUGGUAUUUCUGGAACAGACCGGUAGUGAUUCUGGAUCGACGGUAAACCGAGUCUUUGGUCGUGGUGAGGAAUUCCAUGUCAGGUGCGAAAGCGAGUGGUACACCACUUCUUGA